CUAUAGCGACACGCUCCAGUAACCCCCUCCACCCCGUCUCAUGACGUCAUCAGGGUGCCAACGUGCGUAACCUGUAUAUGCAACCCGAUAUUAUGUGUGUAACCCUCCAUAAACAUGACAGUAAAUAAGUUUAAUGAGUUCAACUACUCUUCACCUCACCUUGAUGAUCGCCAUAUAGUUUUGUAAACCAUGCUAGUUAUAUUCAAUUUAACGUCAUUUAGCAAAGGAAGUAUUUACAGUUUCUGAAACUCUUAGACCACGAACAGAACAAAAUGUGCCUCACCUUCUGUUUGCAUCUUGGGAUUUGGAUUUGACAAUAAUCGCAAUUUACUGUAGUUGUGCGCCAAUACACACACCAUCAUGGCUGCCGUGUAUUCUAUUUCCAAAGUGUGACGUGAGUCUUACAGGAGUGUGUAACCCACAGCACAUGUGGGGCCCAACAGCCUCUGGGCCUCGCACAUUCCACUCACCAAACAUAUAAAGUUCCAGGGGCUCAGAACGGUGGCUCACUUCUCACACCCCUGUUCCCUACCACUAUAGCACGUCCAUGGGCUGUCCUUGUCCCUGUCUGCCUGUGUACCAACCAGCAGGCUGGCUCCAGCUGGAUGGUUAUUGGAGCCGUGUAUGAGCUCCACCAGAGCCACAUAGUCUACUACUAUUCUGUUUCCUUCCUGCUUAACUGUCUAAUUAACACGGGUCAUUGGUCCAAUAAGCUGAGUUCACUUGUCUGACUGAGAGAAUGAAAAGGGAUGUGUGCUGUACGUGAACUGAGACAUGUAGGCUGUGUUUUUCUUUGUUUCUUUUACGCAGGUCCCCGUACACCGCUGGUAGAUCCCUCCCUCUGUUCUGGUAACACACACACACACACAUACACACACACACACACACACACACAGGACUCCCCUCCACUUUGAGGUGUCCCAUUUCCCAACUACAUCUGGUUCUCAUGUCUGAGGCAGGAUGCAGCCUCAGUCACAGCUGUGCAAUAACAAUGCCGUACAAAGCUACUGGCCCUUGGUUGCCCUUCAACCAAAACUUUGAGAUCACAGAAUCUCUCCUCUGGAAACAGACAUUAACCAUUAGAGGUUGAAAGGCUACACUAGUCCACAGUCAGCAGAUAGAGGUACUUCUAAACUAAAGGUAGGAAAGUUAUGGAGCCUCCCGCAGGUCUUUCGCUGACUCACAGAAAGACCAAAGGCUUUUUUGUCAUGGGAUUUUAUUAGGGGAGAGCAGGGGUGAUGAAAAGAGAGGAGGAAAAAGUGAGAGAGUUGAGGAGAAAGUGGAGUCAAGGAGACAGAGAGAGAGUGAAGGACUACAGUGACAAAGGAAACAGGAGGCAGGGAAGAAAGCACGCCAAAGUGGAGAGAGUUUGUCAAGAUAAAGAGCCAGAGAGAGAGAGUGAGAGAAACAGACAGGCAAGAGAGAGAGAGUGGAAAACAGAUUUAGAGACAGAGAGCAAGAGACAGCGACAGGGAAGGAGUGAAAGAGAGAGGAGAGUGGAGUCAGGUUCAGCCAAGGGUGCUCAUUGGUCUGUGUGUGGGAGAUUCCCGGAGGUAGCUGAGGGAGUUAUCUGGAAGAAAGUUCUCCUCGGAUUACCGCUCGCCAACAGUCGGACGGAUUAGACAUGAUGUGGCUGACUGUGCUCACCCUGCUCCUUUCCCCUCACCUCCCUGCCUCUCUCAAUAUCUCCACAGAACGCACAGACGCAGAGAGCAGAACCAGUCUGAACCAAUCUGAAGCGGACACGGAUGAAUUUUCCGAAACGCUGGUGAAGAACCACAAGGCCCCGGCAGGAGGCAGGGGUCGGGAGGGCUGCUCCGUGCCCUGUGACAUCACAGCCAAGCUACUUCGAGAGGAGAAGCACUCGCUCUGUGGUCACCUGCAGCAGUCUCUGGUAGCUUAUGCGAGGAGCACCAGGAAACUGAUCCGAGAUGUUGUGGAGGAGCAGCAGAGAACCUUGGAGUUUCUAACCAGCCAGGUGACAGAGCUGAUGACCAAGGUGCAGACCCUCAGUUCAGAGGUCCAAAGGAGCAACAGUGAGAUGUACUCCAUCAAGCCUGUCCCGUCUCACGGGAGAGACUGCAGUGACAUUAAAGACAGUCUGGGGCCUGUGGUUCCCAAGAUCCCCAGCGGAAUCUACAUCAUCCACCCGGAGAACACGGAAACUGCCUUCGAGGUGUUCUGUGAGAUGGACUACAUGGGGGGUGGAUGGACAGUGAUGCAGAGAAGGACAGACGGACUGACGGACUUCAAGCGACCCUGGUCAGACUACGCUGAUGGGUUCGGACACCUUCCAGGAGAGCACUGGCUGGGCCUGAGGAAGGCGUUCCACAUCGUUAACCAGAAGGAUGCUCGGUUCCAGCUUCACAUUGCCCUGGUUUCUUACGACGAAACCACCUCCUACGCAUCCUACGACGACUUCCGCUUGGACAACGAGACGCAGUUCUACAGCAUACACCUGGGACGCUAUGCAGGAAGUGCAGGCGACGCGUUCCGCGGCUACGACCAGGAGCAGAACCAAAACACGGCCCCGUUCAGCACGUCGGACGUGGACAACGACGGCUGCUUCCCGUUCUGCGCCAUCGGCAACGAGACGGUGGAGAGCUGCAGUGCUCAGCACCAGCACACGGGCUGGUGGUUCAACCAGUGUGGCCUGGCCAACCUCAACAGCUCCCCCCAGGACGACCCCAGCCGGGGCGGGGACGAGGCGGCCCACAUCCACUGGGACACGUGGACGCGGAGCGGAGUGCCCCACAAGAUCCGCUCGGUCACCAUGAAGAUCCGGAGGAUCACCACAAACAACUGAACGAGGGAGGACGGACGGAAGGAGGGAGAGAGGGGGUGAAAGGAAGAGAGGGAGGACGGAUGCAGUGGACUAACUACCUGCUAGUUUGUUGUCAGCUAAGCUUAGAGCUAAGAUAAAUGGAACCAUGUUUCUCUUUUUUCGGUGAUAACAAUAAAACAAUCUGAA